AUGGUCGACCACUGCCUCAAGAGUGAGCUCUCGGGGGCAUACAAGAUCCUAAAGCAUCUCUGGAACCUGGGAUAUUCUGCUGAGGACAUCUUCUCAAUGCUAUUCCGCGUUGUAAAAAAUCACCAGAUGGACGAGUACCUCAAGCUAGAAUAUAUAAAGGAAGUUGGCCUCAUUCACCUUAGAAUUGCAGAGGGUCUUGGAACCCUAGUCCAACUCGCCGGACUUUUAGCUCGUCUGUGCAAGACAACUUUUCAACCAGGGAAAUAG